AUGAGCUCGGUCAGUAUUGGGGAGUACCACGGGCUGCGGGUGGGCGCGGCCCUGCUCAGCAUUGUGGCAGGCUGCGUCGUCAUCGGGGUGUCCAGGGAGUGUGACGCUGAUGCCGUAGGGGGCAUCUUCCUGGGUGCAGGGGGCCUCGGUCUGCUCAUAUCGGUCUACCCGUUCAUCAGAGCCUGGCUCAACAUCAACCACAUCCUGCCAUCCCUGGGUAUCUUCACCAUGCACAAUCCACACUACACACACUACACCUCCCUGCGAUGCCCGCCCCGCGUCAUGGAGACCGGGAACAGGCACUUUGUCGUGGACGUCGGUGGUAAGCUGGAGCACAUUUCUGUGGAUCGCCCCAAACCGGCUCACCUGGACUUGGAGUGA